AUGUCUUUCAUUUACAGGGCUCUGGUUUCUGUUGGUGAUAAGGCAGUGCCCACUCGUUUAAAGCCCAUAUGGGAUCAUCCUGCUGGACCUAAAACCAUAUUCUUCUGGGCGCCAACAUUCAAAUGGCUUCUUGUCAUUGCUGGUUUAGCAGAUAUUAACCGACCAGUUGAAAAUGUUAGUCUUUAUCAGAGUACAGCCCUUGCAGUUACGGGUAUCAUUUGGUCCAGAUAUUCUGUGGUCAUCAUUCCCAAAAACUACAAUCUCCUAAGUGUUAAUGCUUUUGUCGCUAUGACUGGUUUAUACCAGCUCGGAAGAAUUGCAAAGUAA